UCAAGCAACCAUAACUUCGGAGGGUGAAGAGGGAGAACAACUCCAGGUUUCCUAUUGACCUUCGCUGCCCUAUUGUUGGCCUCAUCUCUCUUCCCCCUUCCUCGAACUUAGGGUUUCUUCCACGAAUUCCACUCCAAUCGCCAUCAAUUUGUUGCCUUCCCUCUAACCCGGAAUCAAAAUUCGUCCUUGUUCGCCCAUGCGCGACCUCGCCGUGCCUUCAAAAGAGCGUCUUUGAUCUUUACUUCUCUCAUUCAUCUUCCUGUAGGGCUUACAAUUUGUUCUUCUCAUCCCCAAUAAACAAAAAUACAGUUUGAUUCUUUAUUCAAUACCGUCCAUGUCGGUGCCUGCUAUUGCCCUUUACUCGGGUCCGCCGGGUGGCAUCUACACGGGAGAUCUCGACCUCAAUCCCCGCCCUUCUUCGUCCUCUACGCAGCGGCCGAUGUCCGGUGGGCUUUCCUGCCUUUUCUCCUCGCCCGCUUCCCGCUCAUCUGCUGGCAUAUCUACCUCAGUUGAGGAACUCAACUCUCUCCGGCAAGAUCGCUGCGACGACCUCAGCUGCUCCUUCUCCUAUUCUUCCUCCUUAAAAUGCCGGGACCAUAGCCCUGUCUCUGUCUUCCACGGUCCAGUCUCCUGCAGCUCCGCAAGUAGCCAAUCGAGAAGUCCUCCGUCGAUUAGGGUUCCUUCUGGCGAUUGGAAAUCGGGGAGAGACCGUAUUUUUUCUCGUUUUGUAAGGAGCGCCCUCGGUUCGUGCUUGGAUUACGACUCUCCUAGCUUUCCGAUGCCCGGCGGCUUAGUUGAGGAGGAAGAGCUUGCCUUUAGUUUUGAGGACAGUUUCGGCAAUAUCUUACCUCGGAGCUGCGAGCCUUAUGCGUUGAGAUUGCUUGCAGGAGCUCAAUCAAGGCAUAAGAUCUUUCAUGAAGAUAUUGUAAUUAAGGCUUUUUUUGAGGCUGAGAAGGCUCACAGGGGGCAGGUAAGGGCGAGCGGUGAUCCAUACUUGCAGCAUUGCGUGGAAACGGCAGUGUUGUUGGCACAGAUUGGUGCGAAUUCUUUGGUUGUUGCUGCAGGCCUGCUGCAUGAUUCUGUUGAUGAUUCUUUUAUGAGUUAUGGUUACAUUUUUCGAAUGUUUGGUGCUGGGGUAGCUGAUUUAGUUGAAGGGGUUUCUAAACUUAGCCAGCUGAGCAAGCUUGCUCGUGAUAACAACACUGCAAGUAAGACCAUUGAGGCAGACCGGCUGCACACAAUGUUUCUUGCAAUGGCAGAUGCAAGAGCAGUUCUUAUAAAGUUAGCAGACAGACUUCAUAACAUGAUGACACUUGAUGCUUUACCUUUGGUCAAGCAACAGAGGUUUGCAAAAGAAACGCUGGAAAUUUUUGCUCCUUUAGCCAACAGAUUAGGGAUUUUCACUUGGAAGGAACAGCUUGAGAAUUUGUGCUUUAAGCAUCUUCAUCCUGAGCAGUGCGCGGAGCUUUCUUCUGAACUCGAGAGUCAUUUUGAUGAACAGUUGAUUGUAUCAACCAUAGAAAAGUUAGAGAAGGCUCUUAAGGAUGAAGGUGUUUCCUAUCAUAUUCUUUAUGGCAGGCAAAAAAGCUUAUACAGCAUUCACCGCAAGAUGCAAAAGAAGAAGCUCCAUAUGGAUGAGAUCCAUGACAUUCAUGGUUUGCGUUUGAUCGUUGAGAAUGAAGAAGACUGCUUUGCAGCGCUCAAUGUUGUUCAUGGUUUAUGGCCCAAAGUUCCUGGAAGAUUCAAAGAUUACAUAACGUAUCCAAAGUUUAACGGGUAUCGAUCUUUGCACACUGUUGUUAUGAGCAAGGAAUGCAUCCCUCUUGAAGUCCAAAUCCGAACAAAAGAGAUGCAUCUGCAGGCAGAGUUUGGAUUUGCUGCUCACUGGAGAUAUAAAGAAGGAGACUGCAAGCACUCAUCUUUUGUGCUCCAAAUGGUGGAAUGGGCAAGAUGGGUGGUCACUUGGCAAUUGGAAACCAUGAGGGAUGACCAGGCUUCUUCUCUUGGUGGUGGCUCAACUUUGAUGAGGCCAUCAUGCCCAUUUCCGUCUCAUUCUGACGAUUGCCCCUUUUCCUACUCCCAGCAAUCUGACCGUAAUGGACCUCUUUAUGUCAUCAUGCUUGAGAAUGAGAAGAUGUCUGUCCAUGAACUCCCGGAGAACUCAACAGUGAUGGAUGUGCUUGAAAAAGCUGGGCGAGGCAGCUUUAGAUGGAGCUCAUGUUCCUUCCCUUACAAGGAGGAGCUGAGGCCUAGACUGAACCACAAGCCAGUGAGCGACCCGUGUCAGAAGCUGAGGAUGGGCGACGUAGUAGAGCUAACACCCUCUAUCCCUGAUGAGUCUUUGGUGGAAUAUAGAGAAGAAAUUCAGAGAAUGUAUGAUAGAGGAUUAAGUUUGUCUAGUCGUUUGAAAAGAAGCUGACAAGUUUUAAUGUUUUUUUAACUAUAUUGUGUUCUAGGCCUCAGCAGGCCCUGCUUACCAUUGAUUCAUUGUAAAUAUAAAGUAAUUUGUAAUGGUAAACUGUAUAUGCAGCAGUUCAUAGAAAUCUAUCCAUUUGUUCUAUUUCAA